AUGGGUGAUUCUCAAUUAUUAGCUGGUUAUUAUGUAGUAAUAUUAGGGCUAAUUUUUGUUACAACUAAGGGAUCAAAUGAUAUCAAUCAUGGUGGACAUGGCUGGCAUUUCGCUCAUGCAACGUUUUAUGGUGAUAUUAACGGCGGCGAUACCAUGUAUGGUGCAUGUGGGUACGGUGACCUAUUCAAGCAAGGUUAUGGUCUAGAAACAGCAGCACUAAGUACAGCACUCUUCAACGAUGGAGCUGCUUGCGGAGCGUGCUUCCAAAUAACUUGCAUAGACUCAAAAUGGUGUAAGCAAGGGGCUCGUCCAAUUCGAGUAACGGCCACUAACUUUUGCCCUCCAUGGUAUGAAGAAACACCGCAAGCAUGGUGCAAUCCACCACGAAAACAUUUCGAUUUAUCGAUGCCUAUGUUCCUAAAGAUUGCGGAGUACAAAGGCGGUAUUGUUCCGGUUCUUUAUAGAAAGGUGAAAUGCCAUAAGAAAGGAGGUGUUAAGUUUGAGCUUAAAGGAAAUUCAUAUUGGUUGAUGGUUUUGGUUUAUAAUGCUGGUGGUGUAGGGGAUGUUGCUGGGGUGAAUAUUAAAGGAUCAAAAACAAGUUGGACACAAAUGACCCGUAAUUGGGGGCAAAAUUGGCAAACUUGGACGAGGUUGGAUGGUCAAAGUCUCUCAUUUCAAGUGUCUACUAGUAAUGGUAAGACUUUUCAAUUUAACGAAGUGGUACCAGCUGAUUGGCAAAUAGGUCGUACAUAUGAGAGUAGAAAAAAUAUGCAUUAGUUAACAAUUGUGUUUAGUUGGAAGAUUAAUGGCUAAUAGAUUGAAACUUUUAGUUUAAAUAUAGUCAUAGUUGUUUGUUAUUGGAAAAUUA